AUGAAACGGCGCCAUGAACCAUCUGAUGACGGAGAAAAUAGUUUGAAUUUGUACAAAAGGACUACUGGUCCCAAACAACACAGUGUAGAUCUUGGUAUUCCAGAUAGAUGGUUAUAUUGUCCCAAGAUUGGUAAAGUAAUAUCAGAAACUUUCGUUCCAUUUAAAACACCUUUAUCAAGUUUAUAUGAUUCUCAAAUACCUGAUUCAUCUCUUUAUUUUCAUCCACAAGAUGUAUUUGAUAAAAAAUUUGAAGGCAUUUCAGGUGAUUCUAAAAUUAAACUAUGGAUUGAUCUAACAAAAACUUCAAGAUAUUAUUCAGAAGAUGACAUUAGAAAGAAUGGUUGCAUGUAUGUUAAAAUUCCUCUUGCAGGUCAUGGACAAUCUCCUACACUUGAGGAGACAGAUUUAUUUGUUAAAACAUGUUAUGAAUUUAUUGAAAAAAAUCCAAAUUGUCUAGUGGGAGUUCAUUGUACUCAUGGUUUUAACAGAACAGGAUUUUUGAUAUCGGCUUAUUUGGCACUAAAAGAAUAUUGGAAUAUUUGUACUGCAGUUGAAGUUUUUUCAAAAGCUAGACCAUUUGGAAUUUAUAAACAAGGCUAUCUAGAUGACCUUUAUGAGAGAUACAAUGAUGAUGAUGAGGUACCAGCUCUUGUUUCACCCGGUAGACCAGCAUGGGAAAAUGGUCCUAUACAAACAGAUGAUUCAAAUUCACAUGAUAAAAACACAGAAACUGGAAGUGGGAGUACUAAUAAAGUACCAAUGUUUAUGGAUGGUUUGGUUAAAUGUGCUGAAUAUGUAGAUAAUGCUUUUUUGUGUAAUCAAUUAAGAUCAAUAAUUAAAGGUUAUUGCCGAUAUAAUAGGAAUGAUUUUCCUGGAUCUCAGCCAGUAUCUUUAGAAAGAUCUCCUACUUUAGAUAAUUUUGAAUAUCUAUUUAAUGAAGAUUACAUGGUUUCAUGGAAAGCUGAUGGUGUUAGGUAUCUAGUACUUAUUAAAGAUGAGGAUGAAAUAUAUGCAUUUGACAGAGACAAUAAUGUUUUUAAAAUUAAUAAUCUCUAUUUUCCCCAUCGUAAAGAAAUUAGGCAUAUUAAAGACACAUUAGUUGAUACAGAAAUUAUUAUGGAAAAAACACCUGUAUCUGAGGAUGAAUUUAAAACAAUACCAAGAAUGUUAAUAUAUGAUGUUAUUCAUUAUGAAGAUACACAAGUUGUUGAUUGUGAUUAUAGGAAAAGGAUAAUGUGUAUUCAAAGGGAAAUUAUAGAGCCACGUAAAAAAGCAAUGUUUGAGGGUAGAAUUAUUCGAGAAAAUGAAGAAAUUAGUGUACGAUGGAAACAAUUCUAUGAACUUUCAGCUGUACCAAAAUUAUUUGAACCUAAGUUUUAUAGUACACUUGGCCAUGAUAUUGAUGGUCUUAUAUUUCAACCGGUAAAAGCUCCCUAUGUUGGGGGUAGAUUUGAUAAAAUUUUAAAAUGGAAACCACCAGAGCAAUCUUCAAUUGACUUUAAGUUACAAAUUCAAAAAGUAGAAAAGAUGGGUGAUAUACCUAAAUUUGUUGGGUUUUUAUUUGUAUCAGGACAACAAAAACCAUUUGCACAGAUGAAGGCUACAAAAAGUUUGCAAAAAUAUGACGGGAAAAUUAUAGAGUGUAACUUUGUUAAUAACCAAUGGACCUUUAUGAGAGAAAGAACUGAUAAAAGUCAUCCAAAUGGUUUGAGGACAGCAAUGUCUGUUUUAAAUACUAUUAAGUAUCCAGUUACAAGAGAAUUACUCAUUCGAAGUAUCAUUUCAAGGACUUACCGACCACAUUAA